ACGUUUGGACUUUGAAAUUCUUAUCUUGGAUGAGCUGAAAAGUGAACAUCUCUAUUUUCAAGAUAACAAAUGAUAGGACGGACUAGCGACACACAGCAAUGUGUAAAUCAACAAAGAUUACUCUAAUCGUUUCCCUUUUUUAAUAUAAAUUGCGACGUAUCUUCAAGUGGGAAACGGGCGAGGGGGAUCACAUUCGAUAUUUAUUAAGAGAAUUGAAAAGAAUGGCUCCUUUGUCAGUUUGCACAUUGAUUCGUUCAAGUGUUUUGGUGGUUUUCCUUUGGUCGAAGUGUUCGUAUUGUGCAGUUCCUACAUCGGAGGAAAAAUAUGCUCACUUGGAAUCAAAAAUAGCUCAACUUGAGGCUAGACUUGAUCACUUCGAGAAUGUGAUUAAAGUUAAAGAUCACCAACAUGACAUUUUGGUGGAAAACGUUUCUCAACUUCAACUUGCCCUACACCACGAACGUCAAACUAGCUCCAAAUUAGUUACGUCAAUCAACGUUAAUGAUAGAAGCAAUCAACUGGCAGUGGAGAGAACCGUAGCGCGGACAUGUCAAGAGGCCAUUUUAGCGGAUUCGUCGCUCAAUUCCGGCAUGUACUGGAUUGAUCCUGAUGGACAGGGAUAUGGAGAUGCCCCGAUCUACGUUUAUUGCGACAUGAGCAAAGGAACGACAUCCAUUUCUCACGACACUGAAUCGGCCAUGGACGUUGGAAACUGCGCUGAUGCUGGGUGUUAUUCAAGGGCGGUAAACUACAACGCAACUCAAAGGCAAAUGUCAGCACUGGCCGAUUUGUCCGUUGAAUGCCAUCAGUCAAUUAAAUACGAAUGCAGUCAGGCCCCAUUCGAGUUAGACGGCAUCAAAUAUUCCUGGUGGAACGACAAAAAUGGUAACGAGAAAUAUUUUUGGGCCGGAAUGAACACAGACGUCCACACCUGCCAGUGCGGAAUCGACGGAAAUUGUGUCGAAGCUUCUACCAAGUGCAACUGCGAUUCCGCUGCCGCAGCGCUACAAGUCGACGAUGGAGUCGUGUCCGACAAAUUGGUUUUGCCCGUCACUCAGCUAAAUUUUGGUGGGACUCAAAAUGCAGCCGCUGUUCAUACACUGGGUCGGUUUGAAUGUUCAGGAAAGGAGACUGUCAGUGGAAGGCCGAGAUCAUGCCUUGACCUGUGGCGGAUUGGACACAUUCUGAGUGGACUGCAUUCCGUCAUGGGCACCAACAUGGUUCAAAGUGUUUACUGCAACUUAACAAAAAUUCCUAGCGAUGCCGGUUUUCAAACAGAGAUUGGCUACAUCGAUGUCAAGUCAUCGCCCACGUAUUUUUACGUUCAGAAAAACUUGAAUUUCGACGCAACAAACACUCCGAUUCCAUUCGAAAUUUCAAAGUUGAACGUCGGAAACGCAAUGGAUUUGGCGUCCGGUAAAUUCACGGCACCGCGAGCUGGCACUUAUUACUUCUCCUUCACUGGAUUGGCAAGUUUUCCAGCGACAGGCUCAACCAAAGUCUAUUUGGUAGUGCAACUGCUUUUAAACGGCGCAGCGGUUGGGAUGGGUUCUACUGACGAAGCCAAUACGAUUAAUAGUCAACUGACACCAAUUUCCUUGCAUUCUACACUUCGCUUAAAUUCGGGAGAUCAAAUUUGGUUAGAGAUUAAUGAAAUAUCAUUAGGAGCGCAACUGUAUGACAAAGCAAAUUGGCAAAGCACUCAUUUUACGGGUUGGAUUCUAGAGGAAGAACUUGUGAAUUCACUGUAAAUGGAGUUAACAACUGCAAUACACGUUCUGAAUUUGGAA